AUGGAAGAAGAAUUAGAUUUAUCAUAUGUGGACCGUGAAGAUAUAGAUGAUGACGUGGUUGGUGUAGACUUCAAUAUUAUCGCAAUGAUACGUCAACAAUUACAAAUAACCACUUCAUUGGGUGCUUUAACAAUGUACAUUAACUUAUCACAAUGGCUUAUUUUUCUGAACUAUAAUCUGUUUGCCCUCUUCGUAAGAUAUUGGAUUGGAUGUCUCAUUUUUAUUUCCAUUCAGGGUUUGGAUUUGCAUGAUAUUAUAGUUGAGACUGAGAAGCGUGGGAUACCUUUCGAUGAACUACUAACUAUUCCUGAACAAGAUGAAUGGGAAUACAGUGAUGGGAAGUCAACAACUUGUGUUGCAUUUAUCCUAUCAAUGUAUAAAGAAGCUGGAGUUUUUGGUCCCAUUUCUAGUUCCAUUCAAGUAACUGAAUUCACAAUUCGUGAUGCAUACAUGCUCAGAAUUUUCGAGGACAACCAAACACGCCUACCAAGAUGGUGCAACAAUGAGAAUGACCAGCUUCCAUUCUGCCAGAUUCUUGGUGAAUAUAGGAUGGAACUGCCUGGCUACAACACCUUGGAUCCAUAUGCCAACAUGAAUGAGUACUGUCCAUCUCUUCCUCCAAUUUAUGAUAGGCCUUCUCGAUGUUAGAUCUGUCUUCCAUCGUUUCUGUUAUCUGGAAUUGCCUGUUGAAUUUAUCUUAAGGCAUCAAGUACUUUGGUGUUGUAAAAUUGUUUAUAUAAAACUAUUGGACACGGCAGUGUGUAUGUAUCUACAGCUUGAUGGUCAAGUAUGAAAAAAUAUAAAAACACAAUACUGAUAUUCAAGCCUCAUGAAGGUAAGCUAACAGCUUGAAUAAUCACCAUCACGAUGUACAGAGUUCAUAUGGUGAUUUUCAGUGGUAUGCCCUUUCUAAACUGAUCUUCAUGAAGGAGAAAUCAGUCUAUUUAAAACAUGACCAAGUAAAUCAUGGUGAUAGUUGGAUUGGCUCAAAGUUUGCUACACGCAUUCUUUGAUCCACUGCUCAAUGAUUCUCAGAACUUGUAGUGGCUUCAAUGACAAUGCUUCAAUUACAAACUACUCUUGUAAUGCAUGUUCCAUCGUCUAUUUUUUUU